CUCAGCGGCUAUUUGGCAACAACGUCCAAGAGACAGACUGCCAUCGUCCGGAUAGACACAACUCGUUUUCUGCAUGGAGACCUGACAGGCAAACGUGUGGGAACUUUGAUAGCAGCAAGCCAGAGCCAUGAGUUGCAGAACAAUUUCAAGGAUGAGUUUCAAGGAUUCGAUGCUUUCAGUUGUCACUUUCUUUCUAAAUGCUGAGAAUCAUCACUUCUGUCCCUUGUUGACAGGAACCAUAUACAUGCACAUCCAGAUCAAACCGCUCAUUAAUAUAAUUGAUGAGUCUUCCCCAGUUGUUACUAUUAUUCAUCGAUCUUGCCAUAGAAGUCUUUCAAGAAAUUGCUUCGAAACAAAUGUUUUGGUUCAAAAAUAUCAAGCAACAACGCUUGGCGCUAGCCCCUGAUAGCCGGAAACGUCACCGAGGAGCAAGACUCGGCUCGGCUCCAUCGCCCUAAAUUUGCGGGGGACGGUUUCCGGCGGCAGGCAAAGCUAUCAAUAACAGGCCUCUUCCCAGUGCAAUGAUGAUAUGACGACGACGAUAUAAUUACGUGCUUCUAUUGUUAACUCUCUGUUUUUACUAGCGGCUCUAAUAUACUAUUUUCUUCUGAGAUUUUAUUUUCCCAUAGUAGCCCUCGCUCAUCUUUGCUACAUAAACAUUAGGAAACCUGUCGCCGCCGAUCAAAAGCUUCACUUCUUUAAUUGUUUCCACGUAGUUUGAUUAUCAUGUCGCAAUCUCAGAGCAGCAUGAAUUUCCAUCUUCCGGCAGAUCUGGUUUCUUACAUUUCCUCCCUCGACAAAUUCAUCGAGAACACCAUCCUCCCCUUACAGCAUGCUAGGGAUAACAAUCGUUUCUUCGACUAUCGACGAGAACAUGCACGAACUGAUUGGGAUAAUGGAGGAUUACCACGUAAAGAAUGGGAAGCGUUACUAGCCCAAGCACGCAAACUCUCUGACCAAGAAGGCUUCUACCGAUUCUCCCUUCCCAAAAUAUACGGUGGGCAAGCUAACCCUAACACAAACCUCUGGAUGUGCGCUAUCCGCUACCACCUAGCCUCGCACCCAGUCUAUGGAGGCGGCGUCUCUCUCGCAAACGACCUCCAAAACGAACACAGCGUCAUCGGCAAUUUCCCAAUCGUGCUCAUGCUGCACCACUUUGGGAACGAAGAGCAGCGCAGCACGCUCAUCCCCGCCCACCUGAAGGGUCAGUUCCGCGCGACCUUCGGCCUGACAGAGCCCAAACACGGCAGUGAUGCCACCUUCAUGGAGACAGCUGCCCGUCCCGCUCAGCGAGAAUACCCGGCAGGUUCAGGCGCUGCCAACGCCGUGGACGGCUUCGUAAUCAACGGCGCCAAAAAGUGGCAGACGGGCGCGCACAACUGUACGCACAUGAUCAUCUUCGCGCGGACGUCCGGCGCCCCGGGCUCGGCACGGGGGAUCACCGCCUUCCUCGUGCCACGCGAGACACCGGGCGUCAACAUCCUCAGCUACGAAUGGACGCUUAACAUGCCCACGGACCACGCGACGGUGGCUCUAGAGGACGUCUUCGUGCCGCGCUCUGCGGUGCUGGGGGAGCUGGAUAGGGGUCUUGCGAUCGCACAGACGUUCGUGCACGAGAACCGGAUCCGGCAAGCGGCGUCUUCGUGCGGGGCUGCGCGCUUCUGUCUCGACAAGGCGAUCGAGUAUGCCAACGAGAGGGAGAUUUGGGGCAAGGGAAAGACGCUCUCGGAUAACCAGGCGAUUCAGUUCCAGGUGGUGGAGCUGAUGACGCAGGUGGAGAUGUUGAGAUUGUUGAUAUUGCGCACGGGGUGGGAGAUGGAUCAGGUCACGGCGGAGUGUGGGGGUCAUAUCGACUCGCCCGUGCCAGGGUCCAAGAAGCCGUGGGUGGAGAUUGAGAAGCGGUUGACGCACAAGGUGGCCAUGUGUAACUUCUGGGCGAACCGGUUGUGUUGUCAGGCGGCGGAUAGGGCUAUUCAGAUUCAUGGCGGCAACGGCUACUCCCGUCACAAGCCGUUUGAGCACAUAUACCGUCAUUUCCGUCGCUAUCGCAUUACGGAGGGCUCCGAAGAGAUCCAAAUGCGCAAGAUUGGUGCAUAUCUGUUUGGAUUUAUCGGGCCAAAUAGGAUUGAGAAAUCCACGAGGCAGGCGAAGAAGGCUCGGGAGGAAGAGAAAGAGGAAACUGGGAAGGCAAAGUUGUGAAACCUGAGGUAUCAUAAUGUUUUUCGUUUGUUGAGCUUUUGCAAACGUGGGUAAGCAACCGUACUGGAAUCCAGAUAUCAUGGAAUUUGCUAUUGUUAUUGUCAGACCUAUCCGCCUUCUCAUGUAAUCUUCCACAUCAUAUACAUAGUUUCUGCAUAGCUAGCAUUCACUAUAUAUAAUCAAUCAAAGCAUUAUAUCUCUCACAGA